UGUAACGUUACCAACAAAAUCCGAGAAAAAUCCCCAGCCAGAAACUUUCCCCAAUCAACCCCCGGACAGAAACCCUAACCCCCGUUAAAACCAAUCUCCCAUCAAAAUUCGCUCCUUUUCCCUCAAAAUUCCCCAGUUAAAUUCAAUUUCUUAUGAGAAUUAAACCCUAUAAUCAUCGCCAAUGUCAAUGAUCCCCGAAAUCAUCGUCCCCGAUCGCGACCCCUCGAUCUCAUCGCCCACGAUCUCUAGAUCCGUCACCGAGACCGUGAAUGGGUCCCACAAGUUCGUGAUCCAGGGCUACUCGCUUGCCAAAGGGAUGGGCAUCGGCAAGCACAUCGCCAGCGACACGUUUACAGUUGGCGGAUUUCAAUGGGCGAUCUAUUUUUAUCCUGAUGGUAAGAAUCCAGAGGAUAAUUCGGCCUAUGUGUCGGUUUUUAUCGCGUUGGCGAGCGAGGGGACGGAUGUUAGGGCUUUGUUUGAGUUGACGCUCGUUGAUCAGAGCGGGAAGGAGAAGCACAAGGUGCAUAGCCAUUUCGAUCGCUCGUUGGAGAGCGGGCCGUAUACGCUCAAGUAUAGGGGGAGCAUGUGGGGCUAUAAGCGCUUUUUCAGACGAGCAGCACUCGAGACAUCUGAUUACCUCAAGGAUGAUUGCUUGAAAAUCAAUUGCACUGUUGGUGUGGUCGUGUCAGUUAUGGAUUGUCCCAGGUUACACGCGAUACAAGUUCCUGAUUCGGAUAUGGGAAUGCAUUUUGGAGCACUUCUGGAAAACCAGGAAGGCUCCGAUAUUGUUUUUGAUGUGGUUGGAGAAAAGUUUCAUGCACAUAAGUUGGUAUUAGCUGCAAGAUCUCCUGUAUUUAAAGCUUCAUUCUACGAUGGGGAAUCCGAAGAAAAGAGUGAGAUCGUUAUCACAGAUUUGGAACCCAAGGUUUUUAAGGCAAUGCUCCACUUUAUAUAUUGGGAUACCCUUGUAGAAGAUGAAGUUACAGUUGCAUCAGGUUCUCCUGUAUCUUCUGUUUCUGAAACAUUAUCUGCAAAAUUGUUGGCUGCAGCAGACAAGUAUAGCUUGGAAAGGCUUCGAGUGAUAUGUGAAUCUUAUCUGUGCAAAGAUAUUUCUGUGAAUACUGUAGCACAUACUCUAGCAUUGGCAGAUCGGUAUCAUGCCAUGGAACUUAAAGCUGCUUGUCUCAAAUUUGCUGCUGAAAAUCUUUCAGCUGUGAUGCGGUCAACUGGAUUCGAAUACCUCAAAGAGAAUUGCCCGUCACUCCAAUCAGAGCUCCUGAAGAUUAUAGCAGGAUGUGAAGAGGAGUGCAGCAGCGGUAGCAAAAGCCGGAGCGUAUGGGCUCAGCUAUCCGAUGGCGGGGAUUCAAAUGGCCGGAGGGUAAGGCCGAGGACUUGAGAUACAAGCAAAUAUAUUGUACCCCCAAAUAACUGAUUUGUACCAAUGUAGUUUCUCACUGUUAACAGAAAAUGGGGGAAAUAACAAUUUAACUGUUGUAUAUUUCAUCCAUGUAUGGAUACAUAAUGUUGUUAUGGUGUAAACUGUUGUAGGUUUGGUUGUAGCUGAGGACUUUCAUGAGAGAUGAUAUGAACUUAGGCUGUGUUGGUGACUGCUUUGAUCAUCGAGAUGAAAAGCGUCCAAUUUUACUGAUUGAGGACUUGGUGCAAACACGCAAAUAAUUUUCUUGGUAUCUUAAAAGAGUAGAUGCUAUUCAUCGUCAUUAUUGUUUGGUUGCAACUCAACAACCAGUUUUUUCUUUUUUUUUUUUUUGUGCGCAACUGAUAGGAUGGCUUGAUGAAUGCUAGGUAUCGAGUCAUCCUAUCAGUUGCUCAAAGUUCUAGGGACUAUUUGGUUCGCUUCAAAAAUUAAUUGUAGCAGACGUUGUACGUGUUUAUUAUUAUUAUUUUUUUU